AUGUAUGGUGUUUUAGUGGGUUUAUUUGACAGUGACGAUGACAACAGUGUUAGUGAUAAUGAUAGUGACAGUGACGAUGACAACAGUGUUAGUGAUAAUGAUAGUGACAGUGACGAUGACAACAGUGUUAGUGAUAAUGAUAGUGACAGUGACGAUGACAACAGUGUUAGUGAUAAUGAUAGUGACAGUGACAGUGACAACAGUGUUAGUGAUAAUGAUAGUGACAGUGACAGUGACAACAGUGUUAGUGAUAAUGAUAGUGACAGUGACAGUGACGAUGACAACAGUGUUAGUGAUAAUGAUAGUGACAGUGACGAUGACAACAGUGUUAGUGAUAAUGAUAGUGACAGUGACGAUGACAACAGUGUUAGUGAUAAUGAUAGUGACAGUGACGAUGACAACAGUGUUAGUGAUAAUGAUAGUGACAGUGACAGUGACAACAGUGUUAGUGAUAAUGAUAGUGACAGUGACAGUGACAACAGUGUUAGUGAUAAUGAUAGUGACAGUAUCAGUAUCCACUGUUCCUCAGAUGAGGAGGAUUGCACCGAGUCUCCCACUCACGACUGA